AUGACAUUGGGCCCGUACUCGAACCUGCGCGUCGAUCGCAUUGAUCGCAUUUUCGUGAUCACCAUGCAGAAAGCGCCAGAGAAUCGCAUCAACGUCAAGUUCGCACAAGAGAUCAUUCGUGCGCUGCGAGACAUCGAGCACGAACUAGGACCAGAUUCAGAGGGUUGCGUCAUAACAAGAGGCAACGAUGAGAAGUUCUGGUGCACAGGCUUAGAUCUGGACGAGUCUGACACAAAUCCAAACGCAAAUAGCGAUGGUUUCUUCCCGCUUCUCGCAACGCUUCUCGACUACCCCUUCCCUACUAUCGCGCUCCUCACUGGUCAUACAUUCGGCGGCGCUUGUCCCUUUGCCCUUGCCCAUGACUACCGCAUCAUGAACUCCAAACGCGGCUUUUUCAGCAUGCCGCCCGUCGAUCUCGGCCUUCACUUCCCUGGCAUCGGAUAUCUCCCUCGCCUAAAGCUCCGGCCCCAAAUCGCACGCAAGAUGCUGCUUGAAGCACAUAAGUGGACAGGGAAGGAGGCGUUUGAGGAUGGAAUCGUAGACCAGAUUGCCGAGCCGAAAGAGAUGCUGGACGUUGCGCUGAAGAAAGCGAAGGAGAUACAAGGGAAGGCGAGAAUGGGCGUGUACAGUGUGUUGAGAAAUGAGCUGUGGGGUGAAGCCGCGGAGAAGAUUAGAGGGAUAUGUUACGUACACGGGCAGAGAACGAUGGCGCCUGCGAAAGCGAAGAUAUGA